CAGUAUCAACGUUUGGCAAGGUUCACGGCCCAGAACCACCAAGAGGACGGCACUCCUUAUGGCCGUCUCCAGGACAUUAUACCUACUACCACUGCCGCCGCCAACAGGGACGCGGAAGCACGCGAUGUCUUCUAUCAGGCUCGUGCUGCCGAAGCCAUCAACCAAGUCGACAGCGCCUUCAACUCCAGCAAGUAGUUGUCUACACCACUCGGCAUGGAGUCGUUGGUCUACGGCUUAUUUCAUUCCGUGGCGUGGUCUUUAAACCGAGGAUCCACGGGUCCAAUCGCUAAGUUCGAGCACUUGCACCGACACCGACGGCUCCACAAAUUUGGUGAAACAACUUCCACCACGACGCUACCGGGUCGGGUUCAUUCCGUUGCCGUUCGUCGCCAAGCAUCGCACAUAUUUCUUUCAAGUUGUGCACACACUCGAAUGAGACAUCCUUUCUUUUCUUUUCUAGUCUCGACCACAGUCGCAUAUUACUGUACACGAAAACUGCUACGCCACAGCGCAACCUCACUCUUUACGUCCCAUUUCGCGCCAUCCUCCCUAUACACAUUUGACGACUAUCGCUUCAAUUCCUUCAACACAUCGCCCUUAUGUGCAACCUUUUCAUAUAUUGCCGUCUGUUUAUCGCUUCAUCACCGGUCAUAUCAUCACCGUCCCUGCCCAAGAUCAUCUCUAUUUCCUAAAGCAUCGCGAUAACCACCAAAAUCCAGGAAUCAAACAGCAGCCAGACCACCAACCCCGCACGGCAAGCGGGUCGCAUGUUAGGUACAUCCAUGUCGUUGGGGCUCGACUAACCAUGGACAACG